AAGCCUGAUUUUCUGUUUCUUUCUUCUUUACUUGUCAUUUUUCAUUUGAAAAAUCAAGAAAAACAAAAUCGGCCCAAUAUAUUUUUUUCAAAGAAGAAUACUACCAAAUUGUGUGGUAAAGAUGGGGCUCGCGAGCUCCAGAGUCAAACAAGCCGACAUCCUAAUGCUUGGACUUGAUUCGUCGGGGAAAUCAACGCUUUUGUACAUGAUGAAGUUCAACGACAUCUUCCUGACGUUUCCGACAGUUGGUUUCAACGUAGAGAUGAUAGAAACGGGAGAAAAUGUUACCUUAACAGUUUGGGAUGUUGGAGGACAGCACAGAAUGAGGACUGCUUGGGACAACUACUUGGAAAAUGCAGAUGGUCUGGUCUAUGUUGUGGACAGCGCUGACAGGCAACGCUUGGAUGAGUCGAAGAGAGAGCUGGAGCUUAUCUUGAAGAAUGAAAGGGUAAAGAACGUGCCUGUGAUUGUCCUAGCAAACAAACAGGAUCUCCCUGGAGCUUUAGAUGCUGAGGAAAUCACUAGGAGAUUCAACAUGAAGAAGCACUGUCAUGACCGAAAUUGGUACGUACAGCCUUGCUGUGGUCUUACAGGGGAUGGCCUGUCUGAAGCUCUCAGGAAACUAACAUUGUUUGCAAAAUCCCACGUGAAAUCUAAACAAGAAGCUUUUAAGAUUUUCAAACCAGAUUAAUUUAUUUCUCUCUAACCAAGGUACAUUAAGUAGGGGUACACAGUCAACAUUUACCUGAACUUCUGACUUUUCAGGAUUUGUUAUGAGAUAGAAUGUACUUAUAACAGGCCAGGUAUGUUUUACUCCUUUGUACUGCUUUUCAUAAAUAUUAUUUUGCUGUAUUUGAAGAAUACAAUAGAA